UCUAGACUCUCAUAAACCUUUGGCUUCUCUCAGAGUUAAGAUUUCGGAAAAUUCAUUGAAAUAAAUAAACUGGAAAAAAGAAAGAGUUUUCUCCUAGACGACAACGACGACUAUAUUCUCGACCAAUAUGUUGAAGGAAAUUAUUCUGUUUAUUCAUCGUACAACACAUCGUUGGUGCUUGGCUCGUCCCUAUCCGGCGGUGAUUCGUGGUGGCUGUCGCACUCCCGUCAAGAAUAGCGUUUGGGUCAAUGUGGUAUUCUUUAUUGCCAUCUUUGCCCCGCUUUAUGUGUGCCUCUUGCGGGAUGCUUUCGGCAUGUUGCGUAAUAUCAACAGAAAGGAUCGUCCCUAGGCCAUGACAAGGAUGGAAGAUCACGGGCCGUAGGCAGUUUCUCGUUUAUUAGUUUAUGGCAUUCAAAAUAUACAUUAAUUUGUUCUGGCUGCAAA